UCAUGGAUCAAUCCCUAUGAUUGUCAAAUAUCCAAAAAAAGUUAUUUCUGUCAAUUUAGGACUAUUAUUUUAGUUUUAUUUUUGUAUAAAUUAGCAAAAUGAAUGAACUGUUACAGAAACAUGGGUGCGCCAACGUAUUCUCAGUUCCGGAAGGUCUCAAAGAACUGAUGGCCGAUAUAUCGCGGGAAGUGUUACGCGCACAGCCUUGCGACAUUAACGAUUUCAUAGCCAACUACCUAUCAGUUCUCCUCAUCACUCGGGAGCAUGGUGUCAUGGCGGUUAAGAUUCUCAACGACCUGUGCGACUGUAGACCUUCAGUGCUGGAACACCUGCAACAGCUGGGGAUGGACAGUACACAAGCGCAGGCACUUGCUGAUAUCAUCAAGGAGGAGAUUGAGGGGUCCGAAGAGGAACAGGGAAAGGAGACAGUCAAGGAGUACCUGAUUGUCAAGAAGAUCCUUUCAAGACAGCCACUAGACGAGGUUAUGACAGCGAAAGUCUGCCAGGUCGCCAGAAACGCCUACCGCGAUUAUUGGUAUAGAAAGAAGACUUUGGAAAAGGGGUUAAAACCGAAGUUGGAUGAACCGUGGGAAAUCGCAGCAGAACACACUUUGGAACUGUACAAGAAGACUAAACCGAGUUUCAGCGAAUUAACCAGAGCUACGGAGAAAAUACAGGCAGCCUACAGAGGCUACCAUGUCCGCAGGAAUAUCCUGCGCCAUCUGAAACCCAAGUCUAAGAAGAGAGGUCCUAAAUUGGAAUUGCUGGGUGCUCCGCUCGACGUCGGCGGAUCCAGAGAGAUUGACCUGGGGCCAUUGAUUGAUAUAAAAGUACCCGAGGAUAACGUCAACGAAAUGUUCGUCCAACACACUAACCAAGUCCUCGGUCUGGGCUACGAUCCAAUGAAGACCAUCACUCAUGUGCCCGAAGAGCAGGCUGCCAAAGAACCUGUGGAGUCCCCCAUUUGUAAAGACAGGCCUGAAAAUAAGUCAACCACACAAUCGCAAAUUCUUGGAGCGAAGACAAGAGGCAUGUCUGCAAUACAGCCUCAGAUGCUCGCAUCAAGCAUCAUCAAUUCGAGGGCCACUGCCGCAACGCCUAGCCAAAAGGACGCACCAAGUGUAUUGGAACUGCCUAAAGGACGACACCUGAGCGAAGAGUUCCAUCCUUCCCAUCACAAGAUUUCCUUUGCAAACUUCCCACCAGAGGUGAUUCAGUCAAUAGCAGAAGCAUCCCUCGAAAUCGAUGCUGCCGAAGUGCCAGAGGAUAUUGCAGCAGAUGACCACUCAGACACCAAUGGUGUGAAUGAUUCCACUGCAUCACUGCCAUCCUCAGCGCUUAGCUCUGCCAACACUACUGACGUGGAAGAUGAGACUGGUUUGAUUACCAGCGGCGAUGAAGAGUAGUCCGCCAUUUCCUAUUCCUAUUCCUCGCUAACUGACAGACGUCCAUUACUAGACAUAGGUUUCUUGUAGGGACUAGAAUUCAUCUGGAUCCUGAAUCCAGGAGCUUCCUCUGCGACUAUUGAUUUAAAUUAACUUUUUUUUUGUUAUUCCGUAAUUAGUUAAAAUGGAGUUCAUUUCUUUGUGUUUACGUAUUUCUUCCUUUAAAUAAAUUAUA